GACAACGGUCGUGUACGCAAAGUAUCUGCAGAGCCAGCAUACCGCGUUCAACCCAAUAAUCAGGCUCUAAACAACGUGUUAAACAUCUCGGAAUGGCUGCUGCACCUGUUAUCAUUCCAUCCAUCGCAAAACAUACAUCAACGCUAAUUUUUCUUCACGGUCUAGGCGAUACCGGCCAUGGGUGGGCUAAUUCGAUGGGAUCACUCCGGACGCCGGACAUGAAGGUGAUCUGCCCGACCGCACCGAACAUGCCGGUCACGAUGAAUGGCGGUUUUCGGUUGAACUCAUGGUUCGAUCUGAAAUCGAUCUCGAUCAGUGACCCCGAGGAUGAAGAGGGUAUCAAGCGGGCAACGCGAACGGUUCACGAGCUCAUACAGAGUGAAAUGAAAGCUGGCAUUGCGUCGAACCGGAUCAUGCUCGGUGGCUUCUCUCAGGGUGGUGCGCUCGCUCUUUACGCGGGGUUGACAUUUUCGGAACCACUGGCCGGUGUGAUGGCACUCUCCUGUUGGUUACCGAUGCACAAGAGCUUCCCGGGAGUGCGGAAGUGCCCGGAUAUCGUGCCGAUUCUUCAAUGCCACGGUGACUGUGAUCCUAUCGUGUUCUAUAAGUUUGGUCAAUUAUCGUCCAGCGUGCUGAAAUCGUUCAUGAAAAAUUCGCACUUUCAGACAUACCAAGGACUGGGACAUAGCUCCUGUGAUGCGGAACUGAGCGACAUGAAGAAAUUCAUCGAGGAUCACGUUCCUCGCCAGUGAACAACCAAUGGUUGGCUCUUUACUUCGACCGGCAAUUUAGCGAAUCCUAUCGCAUGUUUGCUUACAAUAAAAUCGUCAAAUCGUACGUAAAGGGAAACGAUAGUAGCCAGCAGGAUUGUAGUAUCGAUUCGUUUUAAUAGUUUUUUUUAGUAUUCUGUUAUACAUCUUUGUAAUUUAUUUCACCUCGAAGAACUUGCCGUCGGAAAGGUGAUCACUUAGGUUAUGCAUUAUAUUAUUGAAACGGAACGUGCGUCCGUCGUAUAAGCAAUCAUAAAUGCAGGUGAAAGGUUAAAGGGCCAAAAAGCAGAUCAAAUCUACCCUUCGGCAACGAUCUGCAACAUGAACCUGUAACUGAGUCAAUGUUAUGAACUAUUUUCAUGCAAUAAUCGAACCACAUGGCUGGGUGGAAAUUUAAUCGUUUCCCCUAGGUCUCCAAUAACUAGGUCCCCCGGUGGCCAAACGUAGCUCUUAUCGUUCGAAGUGGUUAGAUAGCUGUACGGUUUGAUGAAUUGCUAGCAUAUUGAUUGCACUUCGUCGUCCUUCGUUAGAUUAAAUUUAGUGCACGAUGAGAGAAACGGUGUAAAUGAACCGAAAAUACAUGAUGCAGGGCUCAAAGAAAUGAAACGAUAAUAUUAAAAGAGGCAACUUAUGUAAGCAAAAGUAUUCCACUCCAGUGAAAAAUUAAACGCAAUUAAUGAUACCUAGCAGAAAGGCGAUAACAAUGUGAGUGUAUGUGAACUUGCUGAGCGAGGAAAGGUAUACAUUUUUAUUUAGUCAAAAAAGCAGACUUUGAAGUGAUGCCGGCUAGUAUUAUAUACACUUAUUAUACCGUUUGAAGAAUGUUGUUCUGUAAAGAAAACUUAUGAUCCGUUUCUUUCUCAAAUUAUUCUUUUUUAUUAUCAAUGAAUGUUUUUUUCUUAUGAUUCUUUCAUGAUUUUAUUCUAAACUCACUUGCUUGAUAUCUAUCAGUUCGUUUCAAUUCCGUUAAAUCCAUCUAUCUAUCACUCUAACUGUAGCUACCGAAUUUCGAGAAGUAAAAUUGAAAUCAAUUAGUUGUAAACAACCAAAUACAGCAGCCAACACGUUAGAAUUGAUAAUCAAAACAACAAUCUAGAAUGCCAACCGUUACGAAGAAGCUAAUAAGCGAGAAAAAUUUUUAACUUUUCAGAGCUAAAACACUUAUUUUCAAUGUGUCAAAAUCCGUCACUAGCACGUUAGGAUAGUUUCUGUAGACGCGUUUGUUUAUUGCUCCCUUUCCGCAAAGCUUACGGAACCUUUGUUCCGUGACGAAUUUAGGCGUGGAUUUUCCUAACUGCAUCAACACGGUAACGUCCAUGGCUUGUGAAGCCUUCGAUUUUGCUAGCACAUUUCAAUGGGAGAAUGUAACAUUUUUAGGAACCGUUUUACUUAUGAAACCAGCUUGAAAUGGUUAAGAGAAGACUCUCGCGCAUGGUCGAAUGCUUUCGAGCACGCAACCGAAUGCAUCCAGUUCUAUUUCCAUAAAGGACAUGUAGUAGAAGGCUUACAGUUUCGAAUGCAAAAAUAACCAGCAACCAGCAAAAUCUACUUAACCACGUAAACAUAUUACGAAAUGCUCACAGGAUGCAAUACGAUUGGCAGACGUUUGCGAGAGAAAACAAACAAAACACACUCAUACACAAUUUACGGAUGUAAUAGACCGCAUUCGCUAGAGACAAGUUAAUUGGAAGAUGAUAACCAUUUGAAAUAUUAAUCAGCAUAAUGUAUUUCUGGUCGUGAAAACACCACAAGAGAUUUAACAAUAUAUUUUAGGUUACAAAACCAAU